AUGAGAUUUCUCAUGGAGGGCUUAUUCGGUGCUUGUGCAAUAAAGGUUCAAAUAGUAAAUUUGAUGGCCGAUAAUUUUUCGAUAACGUCUUAGAAGAAGUUGGAGCUGGCAUUAUUUUAACACUCGGAGGAUCCCUUGAAGAUCAUGCAGGAUAACAUUUUUGAUAUCUCCUCUAAGAAAGUUUCAUUCUUUAUGGCUUUAGAGAUAAAAAGGCGUGAGAAAUGUUUUGACGAGCAAGACCCUCAGCGAAAAAGAAUUUCCAUUUCUGUCCUGCUGAACCAUCAGUGUGAACAAAAUAUCUAUCUCUUCUCCUACUGGCCACUGUUAAAUAUGCAACGAUUUAAAAGCGGGCUUCUUUUAACAUCGAUUGCAUGACAUAAACACCUUAUAAACCAACGGCUUCCGUAGAUCUGCUAAUCACGCCGCAGAAAUUUAUUUACUACGUUGGGUUUGCAUGACCAGGCUAGGAAAAGGAUGAAUGCCACAUGCAACAACUCCCACUUUAGCUUUGGCAAAAAUUCUUCAAGGCAACCAAUUCCAAACCUGUUAAAUGAAUCCGUAUUCAAUGACAACCAUUCAGUGCAAGCAUGCACGCGAUGGGUCAUGUUGAAAAUUUUUCCAAAACAGCAUUUGGUUCGUCUAUCUUUAUCAUCAUAGUCUCGCCCGUGACAAUCCUGGCCAACAUCUUGCUUCUUGUAACUUUUUUUGCUUUCAGCAUCCUUCGAGGAGAAAUUGUGCUCCUCAGCUGGAAUUUGCAGGUCAUUUUCCGGCAUUUCCAGUCUCAAUAUCGGCAUCCAUCGUUUUUGCCUUCACAUUAACGCAGUAUAUCGUGGUGGCAUCGCCUCUGAAGUACGGCCGCAUGAUUACAAAGAAGAAAGCUUUCGUUAGCGUUGUUGCAGUAUAUCUCUAUCACACGUUUAUCAGUUGUUUACCUCUGAUGGGUGUUCCGCGGAAGACCAAAGAUGCCAUCGACUUAUUCUUUCACGACUACGCUGUUGUUCUCAUCACCAUCGAGGUAUACGUUAUUCUGCAUUACACCAUGAAAAAGAAAAUGGCUACAGGACGGUCCCUCCAAAACGAACGCUCAUCGACUUCUCGCGAAGAGAGAAGACACAUUAAGGUGCAGCGAAGCUUUGCCCGUUUAAAUGUCGUUCUUCUCAUUAUGAUCGUGUUAUUUGUGCCUUAG